AUGACAACCCGCAAAAGCGAUGAUAUUCAAAUCGCCCAUGACGAAAACCAGGACCUAGGUUAUGGUGCUGGGCAGGAAACAUAUUCUAAGGCUGUGGAAUUUUUGGCCGGCCAUUCAAGUGAGCAGCCCGAUUUCACCUACGAGGAGGAGAAAGCCGUUCUCCGCCGCAUCGAUUUGCGGGUUCUUAUUCUCGUCUUGUGGGCAUACUUUUUCCAACAACUAGACAAAAGUACACUAAGUUAUGUCUCGAUUUUUGGAAUCGCCGAUGAUGCCCACCUGGUUGGCCUUCAAUAUUCCUGGCUUGGGUCCAUUCUGUAUCUCGCCCAACUGGUGAUGCAACCAUUAGCAGCCUUGGUUCUCGUCAAGCUUCCAACAGGAAAGGUCUUGGCUUCAGCCAUCUUCCUCUGGGGCUCAUCACUUGUAAUUAUGUCGUCUUGUACCAACUUCCCGUCACUGCUUGGACUUCGUUUUGUUCUCGGAUCUUUCGAAUCUUUGAUUGCACCUUGCUGUGUGGCUAUUACGCAGAUGUGGUGGCGUCGCAGUGAACAGACGCUACGUGUUAGUUACUGGAGUGCAAUGAACGGCGUCACAUCCAUCAUAGGCAGUCUCCUAACCUAUGGCUUAGGUCAUAUUCAUAGCACCGUUUUAUAUCGCUAUCAGACUAUAUUCAUGUUCUGUGGGCUGUUGACGGUGGCUUACUCCUUUUUAGUUUUCUGGCUCAUGCCGGAUUCCCCGGUGGACGCUAAGUAUUUGAAUGAGAGGGAGAAGUUCAUCGCCACUGAGCGACUUCGGGCGAACCAGAUGGGCAUCGUCACUCAAAAGUGGCGCUGGGACCAUGUCCUGGAAGUGGCGCUUGAUCUCAAGACAUAUUGCUGGUUUUGUGCCAUCCUUUCGAUUUCUAUUGCGAGUGGUGGAAUUACCACUUUCGGUUCUUUAAUUGUCAAGUCCUUUGGAUACAGCAGCUUUGAGACCAUUUUAUUCAAUAUUCCCUUCGGUGUUGUCCAGGUCAUCGCCAUUAUAGGUGCUGGGUGGAUAGCCACUCGAACUCAGCGCAAGGGUCUCGUCAUCUCCGGAUUGAGCAUACUUCCCGCAAUUGGGGCCAUAUUGAUGCUUACAGUCCCACGAAAACAAAAGGGAGUUCUGCUUUUCGGCUACUAUCUGGCGCUGCAGGUUUCCACUCUAGCCGGCAUAACCCCGAUGCUAUAUGCAUGGCAAGCUCAAAACACGGCAGGCGAUACCAAGAAGAAGUGCACCUCGGGCGUUGUUUUUGUUGGCAUGUGCGCUGGUAACGUUAUUGGACCUCUGCUCUUCUCUACCGAAGAUGCACCAUUGUACCGAAAAGGUCUCAUAGCUGAUCUUGCUAUGUUUGUUACUGUUGGAGUCCUCUCUGGUCUCAUUCCAAUUUACCUCGCUUAUCUGAACAAGAAGCAUGAGAAAAUGCGAGUUGAGCUUGGGAAGUCGGGUCAUGUUGCCGACAUGUCUAUGCUCCGGAAGAACCAACUCAAAGUGAACAAAGCAGCCGAACUCGAGAAUGUCCCAGAACAAAAGGCCUCUGUGGCGCAAGACAAGGGUUUGCUGGAUGUGACAGAUUUGAAGAACGAGGACUUCAUUUACGUUUACUAG